CCAAGGAGCGUGUCUUUGGUGUCCCCCAGCUUAUCUCUGGGGGAUGCCUGUGGGUGUAUUGUUUAAUUUGCAGCAAUAAAGCCAGGCUUGGAAUUAUUUAAGCUUUGCUUACAUGAAGUUUUCGAGCACAGGCUGUCAGAACUGUAAGAAUUCUGUCCUCAAACUAACGGGAAACACUGCAGCUUUUGGUGUAUGGAGAAUCAGUCAGUAACUAGGGACCUGUCAGGUAAAUAAAUAACCAAGUUUCAAUAUGAGUUUAGAUCCACAGUUCAGAUCAGUUUAUUGAGCGUUUGCGAAGAGAGGAACCUUGCCCAACAAAAUUCUGGAUCGGUAAGUUCAGUGGUUUAGCUGAAAAUUAGAGGGAAAAGUAUCAUUUUAAAAGAAGGAAUACAACCCAUAAAGAGUAACCUCACAAGUUUGUAGGCCAUAUCAGGUUGAUGCAUCUUCUUUCUUUUGAAUCUCAUUAUCCUGAUGUCAGCCUAACCCGUCGUCAUUCCAAUGUUUGCGAUAUUCAGAAUUUUCUGCUCCUAUUGGUUUUUAUCUUUCCCCUUGAUGGAGGUUGGAUGGUGGCUCCUGCCAUGGUGACAAGGCAGCUGCAUCCCAACUGCUGCUCCUUGCUGGGCGCUGAUGACAGUGAAACUGGGAGAGAGCAGCGGGGAGGAAGGGGUGAAAAAGCUAGGCAAGAGAGCAGGAGGAGAUGAGGAGUCCCUGGAAGAAGAAGGGGCAGGAGGAGGAGGAGAGGCAGCUCCAGGCAGCAGCAGCACAAAGAAAGAAGAGAAGAUCAUUAACAACACUACCAGCAGCCCCCCACCGAACCCCAGCUUGUCGCAGGCCCCGACCUCCCUCCAGCCCUCCCACAGCCAGGACCAGCAUCAUUUUCUCAGGUCCAGCGUCAGACCUCAGAGCAAGAGGCUGAAGAAGGAUUCCCAGGCAUCCUCCUCGGUUGGCAGCAGCACUGCUGGAAAAGGCAAAGCAGCAGAUAAUGGAGGGACUGUGUCUGGUGGCACAUCGGGAAUUCCUCCCAGCAAUCCGGCUGGGAAUUCCAAGUCAGCGGGAAGGAACCUGGGCUCCUCGACUGGAGAGAAGGAAGAAGGGAAGAAGGUCCGACGGCAAUGGGAGUCGUGGAGCACAGAGGACAAGAAUACUUUCUUUGAGGGACUGUAUGAGCAUGGGAAGGACUUUGAAGCUAUCCAGAACAACAUUGCCCUGAAGUACAAGAAGAAAGGCAAACCUGCAAGCAUGGUGAAGAACAAGGAGCAGGUCCGGCACUUCUACUACCGCACCUGGCACAAGAUCUCCAAGUACAUUGACUUUGAUAAUGUGUUUUCUCAAGGGCUGAAAAAAUCUUCCCUGGAGCUGUAUGGCUUAAUCUGCUAUGGGGAACUGAGGAAAAAGAUCGGGGGAUGUAUGGAUGACAAGAACGCAGCUAAACUCAAUGAGCUCAUUCAAGCCGGGGCUACGACUGUUCGUUACAAAGGCAGAAACCUGCGUAUCAAAGCUCCCAUGUGCAGGGCUUUGAAGAAACUCUGUGAUCCAGAUGGUGUGAGUGAUGAAGAGGACCAGAAGCCAGUACGACUCCCUCUCAAGGUCCCUGUGGAGCUGCAGCCACGAAAUAAUCACGCAUGGGCUCGAGUGCAGAGUCUUGCCCAGAACCCCCGGCUUAGGAUGAUUGUGGAGUUACAUCGGAAGGUCUCCAGCCUCAUUGAGUUCCUGAAGCAGAAGUGGGCUCUCCAUGAAGUACGGAUUCGUAAAACACUAGAAGAACAGCAGCUUCAAGACUCCAGAGGCUUAGAAACAAGAGGCAACUUCUCAGAGGAGAAAGUGAUGCUCCAUCUCUUUCCAGGAGAGAAUUGUACCCUCACUCCACUGCCCGGGGUAGCCAGAGUGGUGCACUCCAAGGCUUUCUGCACUGUGCAUUGGCAGGAAACGGGCAAAUGCAAACAGAACACAAAAGACUCUCACUUACUCCCCCCUGCCCAAAUCCUGGGCAUUCAGAGCAGUCAGGGGACAGCAAGGGGACAGCUGAAAUACCCGCGGGGAACAGAGGGUAAGGGUGUGGGGAGGGCAGAGAGCACUACAGAGCCCAGCAGAACCUUGCAGCCCACAGCUGAAGUUUCUGCAAGCACUGAAGAUGGUGCUCCAGAGCCUGGCCAGGUGGAAGGAACAGCCUCAAAUCUUGGCAUCACCAAUUCCAUCCAGAAACCACCUUCUGGACUCCAGGAUCCAGGGGGGCACCAGGAAAAGCUGAGCUUAGUGGCCUUCUGUGUGGAGGGCAGGGAGGUCCUGGCUGGUGACCAGGCAGCUGUGCUGCCCUCGUGCAGCACAACAUGUGCUUGCAGCAAGAUCCCUGAUGUGGAGGAGCUGUCUCUGCUCGAUCCAUUCCCACGGUACAUGAAGUCCUGCCAGGACCUAAUUGUCCCAGAGAAAUGUUCUUGCACAGACAAACUGCAUGGGAAAGACGCGGCUCCAGCAGCUGGUAAUGCUUCCCCGGUGGCUUUUCCAAACGGGAGGAGUGCAGAGACCUCUGACUCCUGUUCCCAGCUCCUGAGAGGUGGUGUGGCUUCCCCCAGCAGCGGCCCAUCCAGAUGUGAAACUCAGGCCAGCCACAGCCAGGGCCAGCAGCUCGACACUUGUACCAAGGAUAUCACGGAUGCAGUAAUGGAGGAUUCUCAGGAGAAGCUGAGCUCCUCAUUUCCACCUCCACCUCAGGGACAAUCCAGUACAAAGUCUCUCAAGGACGACCCGAGCCGGCUCUCCCAACAGGUCAGAGAAGAAGGAUGGAGUCUGCGAACCUCUGAGAGCCUUACGCUGGCUGAAGUCUACCUCAUGAUGGGCAAACCAAACAAGCUGCAGCUGGAAUAUGACUGGCUGGCUGUCUUGGAGCCAGAAACCCAGGAUGCUAGAGAGCAGAUGUCCGAGUCAAGUGCUGUCCCUGCGUGUCCCACCUUUCACAAGCAGAGACUCCUGAACUGCCUUCUGAAACUCAUCUCUACUGAGGUCAAUCCCAAACCAACGCCCGAGAUGAGCUCCGUUGCCACGUCCCCUAUCAAGCCUGCUCAGGAGGAGCAGUCCUUGACUCCCCCGGGGAAGGUGAUUGCCAUCAGCACCAGGAGCCCAGGCUGCGCACGGAAUCAGUCUGCCCUUCGCAACAACAAGACUUUCUCUCCUGGUGCUGCUUCCAGCUCCUCAGGUUUGAAAAGCCUCCCUAGACCUCUCUUGGUGGCUGGUCCUUCAAGUUCUGGGAGCACUGAGGCCGACAGUGGGCUCUUUGCAGUCCCUACAACCCUGCCCCCCAACAGCCGCCAUGGGAAGCUGUUCCUGCCCAGCAAGGAAGCAGAGCUGACCUUCCGGCAGCACCUGGACACCAUCAGUAUGCAGUCGGACUUCUUCCUGCCAAAGCCCAGGAAGUUAAGGAACAGGCACUUGCGGAAGCCGUUGGUAGUACAGAGAACACUGCUCCCCAGGCCAUCUGGAAAUCCGUCCCAGCAUGUCUGUUCCUUUUCUAUCUUAUCCAACUCAUCCAUUACAGGGAGAGGCUCAUUUCGGCCAAUCCAGUCCUCACUGACUAAAGCUGCUGUUUCUCGUCCAAUUGUGCCCAAAGUUCUUCCAACACAGGCCACCAACCAUCUGUCUAGUGCUAUUGACUUGGCAGCUAAAAGUGCUGGCAUUAUCCCUGGCAGCCCUAUGCCUGUCCUGGAUGCAGACAGUUUGCCAGGUGUGUCUCCAUUGUCACCAGAUGCGGUGCCCACGGUGGUGACAGGGCAGGAGCCAGCAGUAGCACAUCAGAACGGAAGCUCCAUCACCACUGUGGAGGGCUCAGGCCCUGGGUGCCGGGUACCGUUCAUCAACCUGCCAACACGGCCUGAGCAGGAGGCAGUCCCCGAUGGCUUCCAGGGCACAUCAGUCCUUUCUCUGCCAGAACUGGCCAAGACUCCUCUCCAGAAUGGUCUGUCCACCCCUCCACUUCCCUCAUCAGAAGCUUCUAGUACCCGGCUCUCUCCUCCCAAUGUUUCUGCUCUCUUGGAUAUUUCCCUGCCCGGACCACCUGAAGAUGUGCUUUCCCAAGGGGAACCUGCCACUCAGAUCAGUGAUUCCAUCAUUGAAAUAGCCAUCAGCUCUGGCCAAUACAGUGAAGGUGUUUCUCUCUCUCCUGCAAAGCUGAAUGGCAGUGACAGUUCCAAAAGUCUUCCAUCCCCAUCCAGUAGUCCUCAGCAGAACUGGAUUGCAUCUCCCAGCCACGAUCCCCAGUGGUACCCCAAUGACUCCACAGACUCCUCCCUCAGCAGCUUGUUCUCAAGUUUCAUCUCCCCGGAGAAGGGACGAAAAAUGUUGCCAACUCCUGUUGGGAACACCAGUGGCACCUCCUUACUGGGACCCAGCCUGCUAGAUGGAAACUCGCGGGACUCCUUUGUGUCGCGGUCUCUGGCAGACGUGGCAGAGGUAGUGGAUUCCCAGCUGGCCUGCAUGAUGAAUGAGAACAGCAUAGAUUACAUAUCCCGGUUUAAUGACCUUGCCCAGGAGCUGUCGAUACCUGAGCCAACUCGCAGGGAGAUCCUGUUUGAUGGAGGAGGUGGUGGUCCCCCAAUUGGGGACCUCUCUCAGUGAGGGUGUGACCAGCAGGCUGGUGCAGACUGUUUGGCUGAGCUGGAGCUUGCAUCGCUGGAUCUUGAUGAGGGCGAGUUGGAGAGCAGCAGCUGAGGCCCAGUUGUCCCUGUCCUGUGUGCUUUUCUUUCUAACAGAGAAGCAUUGGCUUCAAAGGUCUGAAGAAGUACUUCCAAGUCCUGGAAUGUGCAAUAUAUGGGGAACAACAAAACAUGGAAUAACAUUACAUGUGUCCCUGCAUCAGUGAUGUAAGAUGGCAGGUUUGUGAGACGGUCCUGGACUUGUACUUUGGAAUGGCCUAAGCAAGCAGCUCAAGAAGGGAAGGGAUUGCCACAGGCUCCCCUACAUGAAUUAUUGUUUGAGUAGUGAUCAAAAUGCCGUGCUUUCGGAUCCGCGUGGAAGUUGUGGAGGAUGAAGGGUAGGGGUGGGUAGGGGAACCAUUGUGCAUCUUGAGAUGUCCUAGUUGGCACUCUUCUUAUCAGUCAGUCAAACUGAAGUUCUUGCACUCUGCCCAGGGCACUGCCACUCCUCGAUGUUGUUCCUACAGACCGUUCUGUUUGUUUGGCUGUUUGACCAUUCCAGCAGGGCUCACUCCUGCUUGCCUGUUUGGUAGGGGAGCUCUGGUCCACCCUCCUCCCACACUGCAUGGAUCCUCUUGUUUUUAAACCCCAUCACAUCACAACCAUCAUCACCCUGACUACACUCACAUUCUUCACCUUUGAGACUCUUCAGCACAUUGCACAGUUCACCUUGUGAGUGGGGAGAGUGCUUUCCUACUUUCCCCGAAGAACGGUUCCUUUUUAAGUCGGGGAAACACUGCAAAAGAGGUUACACUAGGAAAGCUGUGUCAUAAUUACUCUUGGCUUUGCUGGAAACCUGUAAAUAUGGCCAUCUUUCUUCACAAAAACUGAGGAUUUACCUGGGAGAGGAAAUAGGAAAGAAUAUUGUAAUGUGUAGGAACAAAUACUAGGUUAACGCUAAAGUGGUUAAAAUCAGUUUUGUGUCAUGAAGAGGAGAGGUGUCAAGUCCUAGCUUAAUCCCUUAGUCCUUCCUUAUUUCCUCCUUGCUCUGUGAAUUCCAGGUGCUCUGUAUACCUCAGGGCAUCAUUCUUCAUUACAGUCACUCCCAGGCAUGAGUGGGUCUGGCACUCCCUCUCUGAAAUCCCUAUGCAUUUAAUGUUGUGUUUUACUGUACGAAAGACCCAGAUCCUGAUUGCAGUGGGUUCAACAGGAUAUCAGGUUACUUUCUGGAGAGCUGGUUGUCCGUCAGUUCUAGCUUUGUAACUCAGGAGACUUUUCCUAUUUCCUUUCUUGCCAGUCCUGAGUGAGAAUACCCUUGUUGUGCCCCUUUUUUAAGCACUUGUCUGCUUCUCCAGUUAGAGAAUGACCCUUGGCUGGUUUGAGUAGCUCUGAAUUUAUCCAAGGGGCUGCUCCUAUAUAAACCUCAACUUUGUAUUAUUAAUAAAUAAACAAACCUUCUCUAUCCCUUAGGCUAUUAUCAGGGGUUCAUUUCUCAACUUGCACUAUACUUGGUGGAUGUAGUUCUGCCUGCCUUUAGCUACUUGUACAAGGCAUUUCUUUGACUGGGAGUCUCUUGUAACUUUGCUCAUGAUGCACUGACUGUGUUUGUUGUUUGCCCAGUCCCUUCACCCUGCUUUAGGCAGAUGAUUUUUAGCUGCUCUGGAGUUGGCCUUAUGUUUUCUGUCUUUAGGAGAAAAUGGAACAAGUUUUCUGAUGCACUUUUUGUGUGGCCCAGAGCAACCUUCCUGUUUACUCAGAAAGGGGUGAGAUUUGGAUGACAUUCCAAGAGCCCACGUACCAGGUUGCUGCAUUCUGCUCUGUGACACAGGAGCCACCCAGUGUGUAAACCCAGCAUGAGUACAGUUGGAUGUUGCCAGCAGGAGGACACACCUCUAUCACUAGCAAGGGGGAAGGUCAUGACUAGAAGAAAGGAGAAGUUCAUAGCUGUGGGCUGACUUCCCACCCUGACUGUAGGUUCUGUGAGACAGAGUCCUUCUGUCAUUAUUUCUCCUUCAUUAUUCUUACAGACCCUUGUUUGAUGCAAUUAUCAGGAAAUCACAUGAACCUGGAAUAGGAAAAGUUGAAGGCUAUCACAAAAAUGAAUGCUGGGGCCUGUUUCGUUCUGAGCAUUACCCCUGGGUAUGGAGAGGACACCGCCUUAAUAUCAAGAGUCAUUCCCACUAAAAGUUCUCAGUUUUCCUUGGAGUUGAUCUGUAUUUUGGUCCAGGCUUUCCCAGGUUGUUUCCUCUUGGCUUUGGGUCUUCACAUUACUCAUGCUGAUUUUCCUGUAUGCUAUGUCUCAAAAAAUCCUUCAGAUUUGUAGGACAAAAGUAGAGGGCACCUUCUGUGGCUGUGGAUUACAGAAUAUGCAGGAGGAAAUGUGAUGUGUUCUAAUCAAGUACUGUAUAAAAAGAAAUAUGAACUCUCAUUCUUAAACUUCUAGAUACCACAAGACCAGCAUGAGGGUCUCCAGUGCAUUUGUAUCCUGACAAACUUUUUAUCUUCCCUACUGAUGCUGGCAGUGCAGCGGCUGUGACAGUGGAUUUGGCUCUGCUGCACCUGCCGCUGAAAUGGAGAGCAGAGCACUCCAUCCAGAUCUGGGAGGGCUUUUUUUUGUGCCACAGGGAGCUGUCAGCUCCUGCUCAGCCCACUCAGUUCCCAGGGGAGAAGGACACAAUUGCAGAAUGAAGGCAGCAGAAGUGGCUAUUUUUGAUGAUGCCAGAAAACUUUUAAUACCUUGAACCUUUGCAAGUGGGCAUGGACCACCCAGUAGUAACAGAGUGGAAAUGACAGGGGUUGGUUCUGCACUCAGAGCGUUGGGGUUAGAAAUGUGUUUGGCAUCAGCCCCUUAAAAGUUGGCAUUAUGAAGUUCAGAAAUUGAGUUCAGAAAUGAAAUGCUUUGCAAACUUCAGUUUAAGAAUGAAGCUCUUUUAGGACAAGUCUUUACCAGGGAAAAAAUUAACAAUAAUUGAGAUCAUUGUGGCAAUUCUGAUUUGAUGCAGAAUUUGUUACCCUUCCUGUGUGAAAGGCCACUUAAACACAUCUGUGAUCCGACCAGCUCUAGAUUUUAGGUGGCUGUGCUUUAAAAUAGUAGUCAUCAUCAGUUUGUGCCUGAGACAAAGUGAAAAACUGGGGGGUGUAUCCACACACACACAUAAGUAUGUGCGUGUGGGAGGGGGGUUUUUUCGUAAAACUGAAAACUUUUUCAAUUCUAAUUAUUUCAGCUUCUCCACCAGCAGUAAGAAAAUCUGUGUAUGGGACAAUGUCAGCUUAAGCAAAAUCCAAGCAAGUGACAGUGAAAUGGCCAUGGGAUUGUUUCUGAGGUACUGCGAGGUGGUGGAGAGUAUUGUUUCCAGGGCACUGUGAGGUGGAUGUUGGAGAGGACAAAUGGACACUAACAGCCUCCAGGUCUAGGCUUUUCCCUCUCAGUGAUUAUCAUCAGGCAGUUCUGAGUAGCUGAUGAGGUGAAUGGCAGAAGCGUCAGUGUCUGUUGUCACAGACAGGGGUUGGGUCCACCCGGUCAUGCACACACUGACGGAGGUUCUGCUGGGUGUUGCAUCCUGUUCAUCCACACAAUUCAUUUUAUCCCAUAUCACUAAAUCUACUAAGCAUAGGAAUACUAAUUGUUUUUCAUAUGGCAUUGUUCAGCCUUUUUCUGACACCCCCCUAUAUUUCUAAAUUGAAUUACGUGGCUUGAAUCAAAUCUAACCUACAAAGACAUCUCAUUUACCGACUGCAGAUCCCAGAGUGGAAAUUCAGUUGCAUUUUGUUUUCUACAUUCAGACUUCGGAUGCAUUUAUAAGGAAAGUACUGCACUUUUUUUUAACCUUUUCAAACCUUUGAAUCUGUUAAUUUCACAGCAAUUUGUAAAUGUUAACUAAGUGAAACCUUGGCAAGCACUACGGCAAUAAGUUAUCAUUAAUUAUUGAAACAUGAUAACUGCUUUAGAGCUUAUGGUUCUGGCAGCAAAAUUUAAUGCUGUUUCUUUUAAUAAUAGUUAAGCCAUAUCAUCUAAGGUUUCUGGCUUGUUUGAGAUGUGAAUUUGUUUUAUAGAUUAUAAAUAUACCUAUAUAGUGUAUGUAUAAAGCAGAAUGCUUGUCCUUACUGAUUAUUUUUUGUACCAUAUUGUAAAUUAUAUUAUUUAUUCUUUACCAAUUUUGGAAAAAGGUGUUUUGGUUAUUUAAUAUAAUAUACAAAAGCUGUUAAACUUCCUCUGUUUAAAUUUCCAAUUCAACUUGUAAAGCUGUUUUUAUUCUUGUGCAUAAAUACAUACUAAUACUUGGUCUAA